UAAAUCCAAGUAUUAACUUGACCUACUAAUUACUGUCGUCACCCAUCGCCUCCUCCUUUCAGUCGCACGCGGAGCUCCCAGACAUGCGCAGUGGUUUCCACUAAGCGGGAGAUGAUUGUGUCUAAUCGUCAAUAAUAGAAUUUCGCUACAUAAAUCAUAAGAUUUGGCGACAUGUAAAAUCAGCAGCGCUUCACUUUCACAGACGGUGGAAACUUCGUCCAACUUUUAGCGUCACUUGGAAAGGAAGCUUAAAGGAAGAGUAAAGGGAGGAGGAGAAGUUUGUGAAGGAGGAGAAGAUGGAGGAAUGAGAGGAGGAGAUGAAGAAGAGGAGGACAGAGAGCUGAACGCUAACCCGCUGCAGAACCACAUGAGGGUCCAGCUACCCAGCACCAUGAGCAGGAAGGACGGCCAGCUGGAGGGUCGCCUUGACGACCUCCUGUCACGCAUCGCCAUGGAGACGCAGGAGAUCAAAGAGCUGGAGCAGCAGCUGACCAGCAAUCAGAUUCUGGCCAACGAAGCGCUGCAGAGGGAUCUGCAGGAGGCGACUACUGGACUGCAGGACUACCUGAGAGGGCUGAGGCAGCAGGCCCGGCGGUCUCAGCAGCAGGUCCAUGUUCUUCAGACGGAAAACCAGAGCCUGCGGCGCCUCCUGCAGGACUCCCACAGACACUGCAGGAUGGUGCAGGACCCUCAGGAGGAGCUGUCUGCCCUGUGGACGGAGGUUCAGGCUCUGAGGGUCCGACAGGCAGAGCUGGAGGCGGAGCUUCAGCAGCUGAGGGCGGAGCCAGCCCACCAGGUCCAACUGGACCAGUUUUACCCGACCCGAUUACAGCUGGAGCGGCUUCCCGACAGUCUACCAGAACCAAAGAACCAGACGGAACCACAGCAUGGAGCCAGUUCUACAGACUCUCUGAGCGCCGAGCGGGUCCACGGGUCGGCCCACCAGAACCGGACCGGCAGGCAGGAGGUCCGACCGGGCCAGAACCAGACAGUGGAGCAGAACCUGGCUCCCAGUCUGGCCUCUCAAGGGACUCAGGACUCCGGUUUGGAGCUGCAGUAUCUCAGUUCUCCCGACAGGGGGCGACAUCAGGAAGCGCUUCCUUCAGGAGGACGAAUUCGUCCAACACCCCAUGACCCGACUAAAGUUGUCUCUGCUGGUACCUCCCAAAGUUUUCCAGCAGGGGGCAGGAUGUCAAGGCGCAGAGAAAAGCAGGGAGGCAGAUGUGUGUCAGACUGCCUGGAAGAGAAGAAGAUGCAACGGUCCCUGCGGCGACACAGGAGUGUGCUGCAGGUGUGUGAUGAGCUGGUGUGUUUGGAGGAAACUCUGGUGCAGAGACGGGCGGAGCUUCGCCAGGCCGACCGGCUGCUGCUGGAGGCUCAGAACUGCCGCCGGACAGCCAGGAGAGACGCUGACUCGCUGCAGUACCAACUGGACGACAGCGCCACCUGUCUGCUGGAGGCCACAGGGCACCUCAGGGAGCUGCAGGAUGGGGCGGAGCUGCUGAGGAGGAAGAGGGAGGAAGAGGAGCGGCGACUCAGGAAGAUGGAGGAGCAACUGAGGAGCCGACAGGAGGGGCUGCAGCAGGUGGAGUCAAAGGUCACCAGAGCUGCAAAUAGACUAGCUGAUCUGCUUUCAGACUGUCGGGAGGCUCGGGAGCGCCUGGACUCUCUCACCUGUCAGGAGCAGCACAGCGUCUGGCUGCCAAGAGGCAGCAGAGAGCUGGAGGACCGGAGGAGACGUACUAACAGGUCUGGGACCAGAACGUCCUGUCCGCCCUUCAUCAUCUAAGGGGGCGGAGCUACAGAAGAAGAUGGA